AUGUUUAAGCGCACAGUGCUCUCCUGCCCACCCCCAGCAGCACCCCCACUACAGGCCCGAGGAGCUUUCCGGAGCUUCCCACACUUCUGGGGAGAAGACUUCUUAGCCAGCUUGAUGUUUAAAAUUCAGCUGGAGCCCUUAAAACUUCGAGCGUGGACGCUGAAUGGGUUUGUAAAGUUUCGAAACAAGGAGACCAGCGCUGGUCCAGUGGCUGUGAUGGGAAAAGAUUAUUACAAGAUUCUUGGGAUCCCAUCGGGGGCCAAUGAGGAUGAGAUCAAGAAAGCCUAUCGGAAGAUGGCCUUGAAGUACCAUCCAGACAAGAACAAAGAACCCAAUGCAGAGGAGAAGUUUAAGGAGAUUGCAGAGGCCUAUGAUGUGCUGAGUGACCCUAAGAAACGGGGCCUAUAUGACCAGUACGGGGAGGAAGGCCUGAAGACCGGCGGUGGGACAUCAGGUGGCUCCACUGGCUCCUUUCACUACACCUUUCAUGGGGACCCCCAUGCCACCUUUGCUUCCUUCUUUGGUGGCUCCAAUCCCUUCGAUAUCUUCUUUGCCAGCAGCCGCUCCACUCGGCCCUUCAGUGGCUUUGACCCAGAUGACAUGGAUGUGGAUGAAGAUGAGGAUCCAUUUGGCGCCUUUGGCCGCUUUGGCUUCAAUGGGCUGAGCAGGGGUCCAAGGCGAGCCCCAGAACCACUAUAUCCUCGGCGCAAAGUACAGGACCCCCCUGUGGUGCAUGAGCUGCGGGUGUCCCUGGAGGAGAUCUACCAUGGCUCCACCAAGCGCAUGAAGAUCACAAGGCGGCGCCUCAACCCUGAUGGGAGAACUGUGCGUACUGAGGACAAGAUCCUGCACAUUGUCAUCAAGCGCGGCUGGAAGGAGGGCACCAAGAUCACCUUCCCCAAAGAGGGCGAUGCCACGCCUGACAACAUCCCUGCUGAUAUCGUCUUUGUGCUCAAAGACAAGCCCCAUGCACACUUCCGCCGAGACGGCACCAACGUGCUCUACAGUGCCCUGAUCAGCCUCAAGGAGGCGCUGUGUGGCUGCACCGUGAACAUUCCCACCAUUGAUGGCCGAGUGAUCCCUUUGCCCUGCAACGAUGUCAUCAAGCCGGGCACUGUGAAGAGACUUCGUGGGGAGGGCCUUCCCUUCCCCAAGGUGCCCACUCAGCGGGGAGACCUCAUUGUCGAGUUCAAAGUUCGCUUCCCAGACAGAUUAACACCACAGACACGACAGAUCCUUAAGCAGCACCUACCCUGUUCCUAGGCUCUGCCCCAACUUGUCCAGAGUCUACCACAGCAAUACCCCCCCACACUCACCCACCCAACGUGCACCCAGCUUGAUGUCCACUGGACACUGGCAACUUUUUCUAAAAUGCAAAAAAAGCCACUGGUUUUCAGGAAAAUGUUCCUGUCCCUGACCUUUUCAGAGCUGGGCUGCCUUGGGGAGUGGGAGGGAUGUGGGGAGAGCUAGCCCAGGCCAGGGGUCAAUUUUCCUGUGUCACUAGCUUUGAAUCCAGUUUCCACUCCAGUGGCUGGAGAGUGACCUGAGUGCUACUUGAAGAUAUAGAGAUUCCUUGUCCACGCCUGUAAAUAGCAUGUCCUCCUUCCCCUCUCAGCUUUGCUAAUACCUUUCCUCUCCCUUCCCUUUGCUUUCCCACCCCCACCCCAGGUCCACAGUGUCCAGGGUUCUUGCACACAUAUUCACGCACACCAAGCACUCACCUAGAGCUGUCUGUGCCUCUCCUGGAGAAAGGAGAGAAAAGGAGAUAGGAAGGGAAGGUCCACAACCCGUGAACAGGGCCACUGAGCACGAGACACUUUUCAUUUGGGGUAGGAGCUGAACCUCAUGGCUUCCCUGACAGCUGCCCUGCCUACCCUACUACUCUCAGGAGUAUUCAAGGGUGGAGGGAGGGGAAGGGGGACCUGAGGCAGUAAGGCUAAGAGGUGGGGCAGGGCCCUUCUCCCAGCCUUCAUCAGGAAGAGAAAGGCUUUGGGGUCAGGUGGCAGCUAUUCUCCACCAAGAGAUUCAGGGUCACAGGUUUCUCCCCACAUCUCUGAACUCAGGGCCUAGCCACUCCCCAACUUCCAAAUCCCACUUUUGUGACAUGUGAAGCUACUUAUUUCUUACCCUUCUUAGCGGCUUCCUGGGGAAUUUCUAGCCCUUUUAUGCCUGUAUGAACCCACCCCACUCCCACAGUUGUAUAAAGGUGUAAUAGUGAAGGAGCUGGGGGAAGACUGCUUCGGCCAGGUCCUGGGGUGGGGUCUUUAGAUUUUCUCACUUUGACAAGCCCCCGAAUGUUUUUAUAGUAGUUUUUUUGUAUUUUUUUGUAAUGACAGUAUUAUGAAAAAAUAAAAUAUUUUAAAAAUAAUGGCAUCUAAGCAGGGGCAAUGAACCUAGUAUGGGGGCGGGUGUGCAAUGCCUCUGUCAGCCUCCCUCCAGGGCCCUGGUCACCUUGAGAAGCCUGAGCAGCUCUCAAUCUAAGCCGAAGCUGACCCCUUCAUUCUUCUGAGCCCAGACUCCUGGGAUUUCCAAAACACGCACCCCAAACACAGCAAACACAGAAUAUGCCACUCAGCUAUUAGAAGAAACAGAUCUAUUGGGGAAGGAAAACUUUCAUAAUAAGAAAUAUACCAUUCUCUUCAGAUGUGCUAGCAUGAGAAUUAAUAGAUUUUCUCUUGUCUAAGUUUUCUCUUUGAGUGAGAGAAACGUCCUUCUCAGGAGGGGAUGAAGGAGGAAUUUCUGACAGACUGGAAGAGACACAUCCCCAAAGACAG